AUGGUAGAUACCUAUCCAGACCGUUUAUUCGACCUAUUAUGUGAUUUAGAUGCAGCCUGUUGUAGACUAUGUGAGGAUGGUAGGAAGAGCACAGCUCUACCGGAGUCUAACAUGCUCCAACAACAAUGUGUGAACCUUGGAACACAGUUGAGGCGGAGUGACUUGCUUGGCCAAACUAUCGACUCCCUUAAGCCUAGGAAGUUGGCCAUAAUGAUGUUGUUGAUGAUAAUCCCUACGGAAGGGGCCUUACCUGUGGCCCUCAUCCAUCACGACUAA